AUGGGGAUCUUAAAAAGGAGCAGGAGGAAAUUAGCACGUGCUCUGCUCAUUGAUUUCUUUAAGCGCUACUGAUCGGUGGGCUCCGCCACACUGGGGAUGGAGAAAAAGAAGAUUCUGAUGAAAUCCAAGGUCGCUGCUCCUAACCUCCUGAGGGCACUGCAUUCUCUGUACCAGUUCGGUCACCUCUGUGAUGUGACAGUUCACACCCAGCAUCUAGGAAUUCAGGAGGAGUUUCUGGUUCACAAAGCUGUCUUGGCAGCUUCCAGCAACUAUUUCAAGGGGCUUUUCCUGCAUGAUGAGAUGCUGGACACCAAGAAUUGCACAGUGACUCUGCAAGAUAUUUACACAGAAGAGUUCACCUCCUUCCUGGAGUUUGUUUACACUGCAGAAGUGGAGAUUGAAGCGGAAAAACUGCAACGGAUGAAAGAAAUAGCUGAAAGGCUUGAAUGCAAGGAUUUGCUUGACAUUUGUGAAGAAGUGAAAGCAGAGGGCAGGAAGGGUUUAGAUUUGAGCCUCCAUCUGAAAGGUCAGCUGUGUGAAAACGGUGGGCCACAGUGGACUCGCAUCCAGCAGGAGGAGAACCGCAAACUGAGUAACUCUUCCCAAGUUGUGGCAAUACCCAUGCAGAGGAAACUUUGGGAGAGGCAAAAACAUAACAAGUUGCUGGCUGGCUACGAACUCAUUGAAGGCCAGCCUGCAAGCCUGGAGCAAAAGAGCACUACUUUUCCAGAACCAAAAUCCAGGACAGCAAAGCUCCUAAAAUGUAACAAGACAGAUAGCAGAAACAGACUUGGUGUCGAUAUCAUUAGUCUGGAAAAUGAGAGUGGUUGUUCACUCCUAAGCCAGGCUGAAUCAAAGGAAGCCUGCAUAGUAAUUAGGAACACUCUGCCUGAGCAGUGGGAAGAUGAAAACAGUUUAAUUUCCAAAUUAGCCAGAAAAACAGAACGUAGGAAAUCACCGCAGCAUGUGGCAAAAGUCUUGCCGCAGCUUGCGUGCGAGAAGUGCAACGAGUCGUUCCAUGUUAUCAAGCAGUACCGGUCACACAUGGAGCUCAAGCAUGAUGUUAAUCUGGCGGUCAAGUACAGCUGUAAUGUGUGUGAGCAGCUCUUCUCCACUCACCAGCACCUCCGGCAGCACCGCCUCGCCGUUCAUGGUGAUGAGCGGGGAUUCUCUUGCAUUUUUUGCGACAAGAGGUUUAAGCGGCAGAAAGACACGAAUGACCAUAUCCGCAGGGUGCAUGAGAAGAAGCGGGAUCCCCAGGCCUGCCCCUACUGUGACAAGGUCAUCAGUUCCAAGUGCGGCCUGACGGUCCACAUACGAACACACACCGGGGAGAAACCAAAAAUCCAUGCGUCUGGGCAGGAGAGGAAACUCAUGCCUGUCUAUUGGAUGGUAGUUCCACCUGCACAUAGACCAAACACAACAAGCUGUGACAAAGAUCCUGACAGAGAGACGUGGGAUGGGACAUCAGAGGCUGAAUGCCGAAAGCAUGCAAGGCACGAAGGGGCCACGAGUCAUGAGGAAGAACCCGGGGCUUCAUCUGUUACUGCAGCGGACUGUAGCAAGGAGCGAGGAGAGCAGAAGCGGAAAUAUAAAGAAGCUGUAGCCAGAAGUGAAAAAAUGAGCGAAGAACAGAAUGAAGAUGAAGGUGAAAUGAGCGUGAAGGGCGAGGAGGAGGUAGAUUACGAAGCGGGGUGUUCUGAAGUUGAAGAUAGUAGAGAUAACGAGGAGGUCUGUACUGAGGAGGAUGAUGAGGAUGAUGAAUACUCCAAUGAGAAGGAGGGUGAAGAACGUGAAUUAGACGAAGAGUUUAAAAUAAAGAAGGUAAAUAAAAGUGGGGUGAAUAAGAAAUCUGCCUAUGUAAUAAGAUGUGAUAAGUGUAACGAGCAGUUUGUUUCCCGGAAAAAGUACGUGGAUCACUGCAGAGAUGUCCAUCAGUGCUUGCCCGGUAAAGUCUACCAGUGCGACAUCUGCAGCAAGUCAUUUGCUAGUUACAACAGCUGGAAGGAGCAUCGAGCGUGUGUGCACACUGAAGAAAGGCAGUUUGCCUGCACCCUGUGCAAUGCUACCUUUAAAAGAAAGAGAGAUGUGAGGACACAUUAUAUGCGGAAGCACGAAGGCAGAGUCAAACGCCCUCUCUGCUCUGUCUGCGGAAAGAUCCUCAGCUCCCGAACAGCACUAGUGUUCCAUAUGCGGACGCAUACAGGAGAAAAACCUUACGAAUGUGGCAUUUGUCACUCAAAAUUUGCUCAGCCGUCACAACUUAAGAUCCAUACCAGGUCCCAUACAGGGGAAAAGCCAUAUAUUUGUGAGGACUGUGGGGCUUGCUUUGCUGAUAAAGGCAAACUGACUGGCCACAAGAGGACCCACACAGGAGAGCGCCUUUAUAAAUGCGAUGUGUGCGGAAAACAUUUUGCCACCAAUGAGUACUUAAAAUGCCACAAACGCUGCCACAUGGGGGCAAAGCCCUACAAGUGCGAGGUCUGCGGGAAGACAUUUGGCCUGAGAGCCUCGCUAGCCCAGCACAGUAACGUCCAUGCAGAGACCCGUCCGUAUUUCUGCGAGCAGUGCGGGAAAACCUUCACCCAACAGGGCGCUCUCCGGCGCCACCAGCGCAUUCACACCGGGGAGAAGCCCUACAAGUGCAGAGCUUGCGAGAGAACCUUCACGGACAUGUCCACGUUGCGCCGACACGCGUCGAUUCACGACCGGAAUGCUCACUGGAGAAGUUUCUUAAUAGAUCUUACAACCAAAAAAGACCAUAAUUGGUCCAAAAUAGAAACAUUCUCAGAAGCUUGUACGGGUGAAGACUCCACACCGGAAAUUUGGUCAGUUGACCAAGCCGGCGAGCCGCUGGGGCCCUCGGGAGCUGCUCUCCGCCCUGUCACCGCCGUGGGGAGGCAGCGGGACGUGCUCCCAGCGUUCCC